CUAGAACACAAAAUAAUGUUUAGUAAGUUGAUUUUCUGGUCCCUGUUCGUAAUCAGUGCUAGUGGGAGUAAGUGUAAUAGUAAAAAUUGUAAUGCUAACACCAGAAUCGUGCAAGGAGAGAUCAGUGAGCAAAAUAUUAGACCAUUUCAGAUAGCACUAUACUCUCGCGUGGGGACGACAGGAGAGUUGGGAUUCUGCGGCGGGUCGCUGCUCAGCCAGGAAUGGGUGAUCACAGCAGCCCACUGUUGCUUCCACAAUGGAGAACAAGUUAAUCACGUUCAGGCAAUUCUCGGCGCUCAUUCCCUGUACGACCGCUACGAGAACGGGCGACGAGUGAUAAACGUGGCAGAAGUAGUGGUCCACCCGGACUACGACCCUACGACGUUUGCUAAUGACAUCGCACUGCUCAGGCUUGCUAACCUUGUUCAGAUUACUGAUACCGUGCAGCCAGUCCAGCUUCCCUACCGUAGCAUAGCGACGCACAAUUUAGCUGGAUUUGCUGCUAUUGUAUCAGGAUGGGGGAUAGCAGUUGAUGGGGCGCCAUACGUGUCACCGCUUCUCCGGCAGAAACAAAUGACUGUGAUAACAGAUCCUCUGUGUAACAGAACUCUGUUCAACCAGCUCACUGAAAAUGUUAUUUGCGGGAGCAACGAAACCGGCGGCACUUGCAAGGGAGACAACGGUGGACCUAUGACAAUAGUUCUUAAUGAAGUGGAUAUAUUGGUGGGUGUAGCGUCCUUUGUGAGUGCAACUGGCUGCAACAGCAACAUGCCGUCAGUGUUCACACGAGUGCAGCGGUACCUCGACUGGAUCAGCGAUGUCACCGGAGUGCCUAUCCUGGACUACAAAACAAUUUUCAUAUCUCCUAAAAUGCGUGCUCUUGUAUUGUUCGGUCUGGCGCUGGUGGUAUCCGCAACGGCCGUAGACGUUUCGGUGUCAUACCACGACACCAUUGGUAUUCCCACCGCGGCGAAGAUAAAGGCUUACGAAGAUGCUUAUUUUGCGAACCGAGGAAAAGACGAAAAAAUUAUUGGAGGUGUACAUGCUCCCGUCGACGCUCAUCCAUACUUCGCCGGUCUGCUGGUAAGUUUCAUUGGCCAAGCUAACAGAUCAGUUUGCGGCUCCUCUCUUAUCUCGUCCAACCGCCUGGUGACUGCCGCUCACUGCUGGAGGGACUCUCAAAAGCAGGCCUGGCAGUUUGAAGUCAUCCUUGGAUCAAUUUUCUUGUACAGUGGUGGUAUCAGGAUCAAUACUAACCAGGUCUACACGCACCCUCAAUGGAAUCCCUUUAACCUUAACAAUGAUGUCGCUAUGAUCUAUCUUCCUGUUAGUGUAUCGAACGCACCCGGUAUCGCGCCUAUCAGCCUUCCACAGAACAAUGAGUUGUGGCAGACAUUCGUGGGACAGUGGGCUACUGCUGUUGGCUUCGGGAAAACUAGCGACCAACAAACAGGUUCAUCGACUGUAGUGAGCCACGUAGGCUUGCAGGUCAUGAAUGUGGCGCAAUGUCAACAAAUCUACAACAACCCACAGCAAGGUUUAUUCUACGUGGUGGCCAGCACGCUGUGCACCGCCGGCUGGGGCGGCGUCGGCAUCUGCGGCGGAGACUCCGGCGGACCUCUCGUCACCAACUUCAAUGGAAGAAAUAUUCUCAUUGGUGUAAGCUCAUUUGCCGCCCACAACGCUUGUCAGCAUGGUCACCCUUCGGCCUUCGCUCGUGUCACCAGCUUCAUCAAUUUCAUCAACCAGCACAUCCAGUAUGACCUCGAGAUCAAAAAAGAUUACAUAGGCUUGGGUCUGAUUAGAUCUGAUUUAAUUGACAUCAAGUAUAUAAGUGAAGUAGGUAUGGCCAGUUCGUUGUCUAACAUAUUUGAGAGAAACAUGAGGGCUUUAGUGUUGGUAGGUUUUGCGCUGGUGGCGUCGGCGUCUGCCUUGGUGGACGUGAACGUAGGAUACCAUGAGGCGGUCGGCAUCCCCACCGCGGAGAAGAUCAGACUCGCGGAGAAAGAGAUGAUGAGCGCCAAGGAAGAGAGAGUUGUAGGUGGGGCGUUGGCUCCCACUAAUUCUCAUCCUUAUUUCGCUGGUCUUUUGAUCUCUCUGCUUGGCAUCUCCGGUAACUCAGUAUGCGGGUCUUCCUUGCUCUCUCAAAACCGGCUGGUGACCGCUGCUCACUGCUGGAACGACGGCCGCAACCAGGCCACACAGUUCCUCGUCAUCCUCGGCUCCAAGCUCCUCUUUUUCGGCGGAACCCGCAUCCCCACCUCGAACGUCAUCAUGCACCCCCAGUAUUUCUCGGGCAACUUUAACAACGACAUCGCUAUGAUCUAUCUGCCCUACAACAUUUUCUACACCGGCAGUAUCCAGCCCAUCAGCCUUCCUAACUCGUCGGAGCUGUGGGACAGCUUUGUCGGCAACUGGGCUGUAGCUGCUGGUUUUGGCAGGACUAGCGACGCUCAAGCCGGUGCUUCAACGGAAGUGAGCCACGUGACCCUGCAGGUGAUCAGCGUGGCUCAGUGCCAGGCCGUGUUCGGCAACUACUUCGUGGUCCAGAGCACCAUCUGCACCAACGGCGCCGGCGGCGUCGGGAUCUGCGGCGGAGACUCCGGCGGACCUCUCGUACUCAACCGCGGCGGACGCACUAUUCUUAUCGGUGUGAGCUCGUUUGUUGCCGACGACGGCUGCCAGCUCGGCUACCCCUCUGCCUUUGCUCGUGUCACCAGCUUCAACAACUUCAUCAACCAGCACAUGUAAACGAUACGGAACGAUCGUUGAAAGAUAUAGAAUUAAAAUAUAAUAAACAAGGAACAUGGGACUAUAUGAUUUCGAGAUGACAGGUCUAAGUAAUGUAACUUAUCGAAACGAAAUGUCAUUUCCAUACAUUUGAGAGUAGAAUUCUACAGUUCUUACUGCUUAUUAGAGAUGACAUCAGAAGGCUUGGUUAAUGUUUCAUUACGAGUACUUUAAAAAGAAAAGAACACGAAUAGAGCACUUGACAUGUUUGGAAAUGACAUUCCUUUCAGACAUACAGUUUAACAAACUGAAAUGGUUCAGUAAAGCGGUAGCGGUUAGCCAUAUGUUAUUUGUAUACAGGCCAAAGCGAUCCACGGUCCGUGAUGAUUGAAAAUAAAUUAAAAAGUGAUAAAAGGUAAA